AUGGCAAGAACCAAGAAAAAUAAAGCAACAGCCCAUCACCUGGGCUUGUUGAAGGCGAAACUUGCAAAACUUCGAAGGCAAAUUCUCACACCAGCAUCUAAAGGAGGCGAUGGUGCUUGGGAAGGCUUUGAUGUUACAAAACGUGGUGAUUCAAGAGUUGGCCUGGUGGGUUUCCCUUCAGUCGGGAAAUCAACACUCUUGAACAUAUUAACUGGAUCAUUUUCAGAGGUAGCGUCAUACGAAUUCACUACUUUAACUUGCAUUCCUGGUGUGAUCACAUAUCGAUAUUGUUUGUUUUUGUUUUGUCAGUUGCUGGAUCUUCCUGGUAUUAUUAUUGAGGGUGCCAAAGAUGGCAAGGGUAGCGGAAGACAGGUUAUAAGUACAGCUCGAACAUGCAACUGCAUCUCGAUUGUUCUGGAUGCUAUAAAACCAAUUACCCAUAAACGUCUAAUAGAGGAAGAGCUAGAGGGUUUUGGUAUAAGGCUAAACAAGGAACCACCAAAUCUAACAUUCAGGAGGAAAGACAAAGGAAGACUCAAUCUUACAUCUACAGUGACAAAUACGCAUCUUGACCUCGAGACAGUGAAGGCAAUUGCGGCGAGUAUCGUAUUCACAAUGCAGACAUCAGUCUUAGAUAUGAUGCAACAGCUGAUGACCUCAUAG